ACGAACGCGAGGAGAGAGGUCGAUCGAUCGAGGCGACACUUUUGACCAAUCUUUGCAAGCUUUGGACACCGAUAUCGACGUGCUUGUUAUGUAAGACAACACUACUGUUCUUAGUAUUCAUCUUUCGCGGCACAUAAUAAAGUCGGAGUUAAACUAAGCCACCAUGCCGACCUCGAGAAACGAUGUGAGUAACCCCACUGAGGAGAAGAUCUUUGCAAGCCAAGAGAAUUGCACACCAUCUUGGAAGGAAGCCGGGGCCGACUUUGACGCUAGUGAUACUCAUCUGGAGAUCAUGGGAAAGCCUGUUAUGGAGCGAUGGGAAACGCCCUAUAUGCACAAACUGGCUACCAUUGCAGCAAGCAAAGGUGGCCGUGUGUUGGAGAUUGGAUUUGGAAUGGCCAUUGCUGCAACUAAGAUUGAAGAGCAGUCUAACAUCACUGAGCAUGUUAUUAUCGAGUGUAACGAUGGCGUGUUCAAACGGUUGGAGGAAUGGGGUAAACAACAGCCUCAUAAGGUGACACCAUUGAAAGGAAUGUGGGAAGAUGUCGUUCCAACUCUAGAAGAUGGACAGUUUGAUGGGAUCCUAUACGACACGUACCCACUGUCUGAGGAAACAUGGCACACCCACCAAUUCCCCUUCAUUAAGGACCACGCCCAUCGUCUCCUCAAACCUGGAGGGGUGCUGACUUAUUGUAAUCUAACUUCCUGGGGAGAAUGGAUGAAGUCCCAAUACAAUGAUCUGGAGAAGAUGUUUAAGGAAACGCAAGUCCAUCAUAUUGUUGAGGCUGGCUUCAAAGAAGAAAACAUCUCAACUGAGAUCCUUCCUAUCACACCUGAGAGUGAGUGUAAAUAUUACUCUCACAAUGCGAUGAUCGCUCCAACCAUCUUAAAGGAAACUUAGAGGAAAAACUCCAAGUAGGAUUUGAAACUUUGCAUGGUGCUGGUGGUAUAAUUAGGUAAGGUUUGUGGUAGCACCAUGUGUUCUGAAAAGAACUGGUGGUCGACAACUCAACGCUUCGACCAGUAUGCUUUGAUUGUCUUCAGGAGAAAAAGAUGAUCAGAAGACGAUCAGAGCUUACUUUUCGAAACGUUGAAUUGUCAACCACGGGUUCUUUAAGAACCAACACUACUGCUCAUCAAAGAAGAUUUACACAUAUGGCGAUACUGCAAACCUCACCUAAUUGUUUGUUGUUGUUUUUGUUGAAUUGUUAUGGACAAUUUAAAUGUCUUGAGGAAAUUUAGUUUAAGUUUUCAAGUUUUUGAUGGUGCUGAAUUUGAUAAAACAUGAAAGCUGAUAAAUUCAGAGUGUGAAAUGCAGAGGAAUAUCAUUUCAUGGUAGCUUCUUUACCAAGAAAAAAAGGAAAGGAACUGCAAAGUUUCUCAAAGCUGUUAUUUAUAAAAUACUGCAUUUCACAAAGUCGACCAGUGAAACGCGUUAUGAAAUUGGGCCUUUUUGAUUCAUGUUUGGUACCCGGGCUUCAUGCAGCUUGUAAGCACAAAAACUUGCUAAGCACAGACAAAUAUUGCUCAGCAGUAUUUUCUGCUUAUGAGAGGCUUUGGUAUAAAGUGGACAAAUUUGGUGGAGGAAUUUUGGUGGGGGAAAAUUAGGUGGAGGGAUUUAGUCGCCGGUUUGAGUUCACUAUAUAUCUCCAAAAGGGAAGUGUACAUGAGGUGUUGCCAUAAUAGUCGGACUGUAGAGUACAAGAAUGGAUUCUCAGAAAUGUUAAAGGAAUGAAACGGCGAUGGAUUAGGACCGGACGAACAACCUUUUCAUUUCAUUACUUUUCAUUAAAUGGAAUGAAAAGUCAAAUUUGUACAUUGUACUUGUAGUUUUUACCCUCACAAGGUGGUUCCGUUUUAAUGUUGUGUUUACACUUUUAUAUAACACUCCUUCUUUCUUACAGUACUUCAAAGAUUUAUUCAAAAUCAAAACCAAUUAUUUAUUAUAACAUUGCUUUUAUUAAGGCUUUCUUUAUAAGGCUGUUUUAUACUCUAGCAUUAAAAAAAGUUAAAUUUUUAAAAUUUUUUACAUAUAAAAGCCUUUAAAACAUUCCAAUUGCAAUUUAUCUUUGUAUAAUUCGUGCUUAAUCCUGUUUGAUAAGUAUUUGCAUCACAUGAACGUAUCGUCUAGACGCCCAAAGUUUUCACUAAUCCAGCUCCAAAGCUGGUAUAUAAUUGCAUGAAAUUCGGCCAAAAAUGUUAUUUCAUCAAUCAAAAGCACAGGCCUGUAAGCUCGGUAUCAAAAGGGCAAGGGCACCAGGGCACUUUCUCCUUGGUAUGUGUAAAAGGCACCCAUCACACUUACGAACUACGAACAGGAUGGCAGCGUUCUACUCCUAGAACUAUUUCGGUUUCGUCCGGCUAUCGUCUCCCGUUACGGGAGACGAUAGCCGGAUGAAACCAAAAUAGUUCUAGGAGUAUUAUGGUUGGUUUUUCUUAACAUGUAGUUCUGUUUUUAGUUUAUCUACUGUAAUGUUAUCAUUAAGUUUAUUUACUUUUUUUUUUUAACAGUAAAAAGAUUGCCAUGUUUAUUGUAUUAAAACAUUUUACAUGAUUGAAAAUAUUGCUUCAUUAA